AUGUCACACGGUAAGCAGUUUACGCUCUAUGCUUUCCCUGGCCCGACCACGAAUGGUUGGAAGGUUGCCCACGUGCUCAGCGAGCUGGGGCUCACGUACGAAAUGAUUUUCCUCGAUUACUUCAAGAACGAGCACAGGACGCCCGAGUUCUUGAAGCUCAAUCCUAAUGGUCGCAUCCCUGCUCUCAUAGACCAUGGAAAUAACGACUUUUCGCUGUGGGAAUCGAACGCAAUACUGAUGUAUCUGGUUGAUCAAUACGACAAAGAGCAUCGUCUGUCGGCCGAUACAAAUGUCGAUCAGGCAAUACAGGACCAGUGGCUGUUAUUCCAGGCUUCUGGUCAUGACGCCUACACCGGACAAUGGGCUUGGUUCGCUAAAUAUACACCAGACGAAAAGGUGCCUCAAGCUAUUGAAAGAUAUAAGAAAGAAACGGAACAUAUUAUGGGUGUGCUUGAAAGUGUCCUCAGCAAGCAGGAGUGGCUUGUUGGUGGCAAGAUUACUAUCGCCGACAUCUCAUUCAUAGCUGCAAAUGACCAGACAUUCACCAAUAUUCUCGGACUGGACUAUUCGAGGAAGAUGUUCCCCGCCGUGUACAAGUGGCAUACCGCCAUGAUUUCUCGCCCUGCGAUCAAAGGGGUGGAUCGUGAGAGAACCGUCUCACUGGGAUAA